ACCGCCCACCGCGGGGGCGUGGCCUGCGGCUGUCACUCAGCGGUGAGGAAUGACACCCGCGCGGGAGGGGGGUCCGCAGGAACGCGGGGGAAGAAAAGGGAGAAGAAACAGAUAAAACCCAGGCAGGGGGGGAAAAGGUGCCCCGCGCCUCUCGCAGUCUCGCGGCCGCCGCCGCCACCGCUGCCUGCCGCCGGGGGUGGGCUCCGGCAGCGGGGAAGGGAGAGGACGAGCCGGGAGCGAAGCCCUGCAAGGCGGGCAAGAGACCGAGGCUCCGAGGAAAAGGGACUCUGGGUCGUGCGCUCCGGAGGCGCUUAGGAGGGGACGGCAGCAGCCGCCCGAGGGGCCCCCGCGGAUCCUCCCCCCCAAAUGCCCUCCGAGGGGCCGACCCCGGCCCGCUCCUCCCCUCGGAGCGCUAGGCGAUGAGAUAAUUCAGCUGAGCUGCGAAAGAAGGGCGUCUGGCUCUAGAUCGGGAGGGAGGGAGGGAGGGAGGGGGUCUCCGGGCGGGCGGGGUAGGGAAAACUCGGAAGUAGGGGUGAGGGUCGGCGCUGAUCCCAGGCCAGAGCAGGGCGCGGGCUCCUGGACCGAUAGCGCGGGAGUGGGCUGCGGGGGCCCCGCGCGAAAGUUCCGUCCAGCUCGGAGCUGCCCCGCUCCCCGGCCGCCCGGCCGGCCGGCCGCCCCGGCCCGCGGCGCAGAUGGCCGUGCGCGGCGCCAGCACCUUGACGCCCUUCUCCAUCCAGGCGAUCCUCAACAAGAAGGAGGAGCGCGGCGGGCUCCCCGCGCCGCCCGAGGGGCGCCGGGCCCCCGGGGGCGCCCCGGGAGCGGUGGCCGGGGCGCCCGCCGUCUGCUGCUGGCGGCUCUUUGGGGAGAAGGACGCGGGCGCGCUGGGGGCCGCCGAGGACCCGCUGCUGGCGUCGCCCGCCGGGCCGAGGACGGCGGCAGCGGCAGGGCGCACCGCGGAGAGCCCGGGCGCCUGGGACUCGGACUCGGCGCUGAGCGAGGACCACGAGGGCGGCGGGCGGCGCUGCGCGGACGCGCCCGCGGCCGGUCGGGCCGGCCGUGCGGGAGGGACCCUGGGCCUCGUCCAGGCGGGCUGCGAGCUGCCCGCCGCCAAGGACCUGGAGGAGGAAGCCGCGGGCCGGAGCGACAGCGAGAUGUCCGCCAGCGUCUCAGGCGACCGCAGCCCGAGGCCGGAGGACGACAGCGUGGGCCCGGGAGGCGCCCGCGUGCUGUGCGGCGGCGAGGCGGGCGGCGGCGGGGGCGGCCCGGCGGGCGGCGCGGAGGAGGAGGAAGAGGAGGAGGAGGAGGGGCCCGUGGCCCCGAAGCCGCGCAAGAAGCGCUCGCGGGCCGCCUUCUCGCACGCGCAGGUCUUCGAGCUGGAGCGCCGCUUCAACCACCAGCGCUACCUGUCGGGGCCCGAGCGCGCUGACCUGGCCGCGUCGCUGAAGCUCACGGAGACGCAGGUGAAGAUCUGGUUCCAGAACCGCCGCUACAAGACCAAGCGCCGCCAGAUGGCCGCAGACCUGCUGGCCUCGGCGCCCGCGGCCAAGAAGGUGGCGGUCAAGGUGCUGGUGCGCGACGACCAGAGACAGUACCUGCCGGGCGAGGUGCUGCGGCCGCCGUCGCUGCUGCCCCUGCAGCCCUCCUACUACUACCCGUACUACUGCCUGCCCGGCUGGGCGCUGUCCCCCUGCGCCGCCGCCGCGGGCACCCAGUGAGCGGCCCGGGGCCCGGCCGGAGCCAUCCCGGCUCCCCGGCUCUGUCCAGGGGCACCCACACCCACCGAGGGGGCAAGAGGAGGAUGCAAUCCAGCCCUGGAUCCAAUCUGCUAUCCUGGACGUGCGCCCCCGCGAUGGGACUUGAGUCUGCCCGGAGGGGGCGCCUUUUCCCAGUUUGAACAGAGGCGCCCAGGGGCCUAGGGGCUUUGCGGCGUCUCCGUUCCCCCUAGCCCCCCUAAACCUGCCUGGAAGCCCCGAGACGUUAUUUAUUAUCGCCACAGCCUUGGAUUUAGAUUUGGAUUGGGAUUUGGAUUGUAUCUGCCUGGGGACGGCGGUUCCCGUUUCCCCAGAGCGGAGAGAACUCCUGGACACCACGUAAGCCUGAGUCCCCCGAGGAUCAGGUCCCUGCCGCCAGGAGCUGCGUGCGCUAGGCCACACUAGUUCAUGGUAUCCAUGCUACCGAUCUAUGUAUAUCGACAUAUCUAUUCUUUUUGGAAAUUGCGUUUGUAAUAAAGGGGGUGCGACACCCAGGCGGCCCCCUAAGGAACCCCGGGCCAGGGGUUGGUUUGAACUGUGAAGGGUUUGGUUCUCUGGCCCCUCCCUCCCUCCCUGGCUCCCGGGCAUCGGACCUUGGGUGAGGGCGCCCCGUGAACGCUGAAUGUAAGGAAGGAAGCCUCUGAGCAUGGCGCACCCUCUUCCCCCUCCUCCCCCCCCUCCUUCCUCUUCCAGGCCAGAAGCUCCCUGGGAGCCCUUCCUUCGCAGAGAAGUUUCUUCUAUUUCUUUUUAUUUGUUCCAAAGGGGGUUCAAAGUGUAGCACUUUUCAGUUGUUUGUACUCAAAUGACGGUUAUUUUUGUAUUCAGUGUGAAUAUCCCUGACCAGCCUGUCCACGGUGCCCUCCUCCGCAAUGGGCCAGCCGCCGGGCCCUUUGUCUGUCCUCCUGUCCCCUCUUCGCCACCGCUGCGUCCUGACCGAGGAUUCGCAGGCCUGGCCCUGCCCCGGCCCCGGUGCCCCGGCCCCGGUCCCCCGCCCCUGCGACAGGUGAUCCUGUCACCCUCGCCGCUUUCCGCCUCCUUAAGGGCACAGUGCACUCAACUAGACUGUUCACUUUUAAAAGAUUUGCCAAGUUGGGAAGCUCUGUUCGCUGUUUUUUCCCUUUAAUUUAUAAACUUUCCAUGUA